AUGUUUUUUUAGAAACUUAGGAUCUAUAACACAAAAGAAAAGUUGAUUGAGAGAAUAAUUCAGUACAAAAAGGAAGAGGAGCUCAGAAGAAAUAGUCCAAUUAGAGAAAAAAUUAAAAGAACUAGUAUCGAUAAUUUGUUAAUUAUUUUAGUAUCAACUUGUUAACCUUAACGAGCAGCCUUUAAUUGUAAUAAUAGAAUAUCAGUGUCUCCAAAGAUUUAAUGUAGUUUGGAUAUUGAGAAGAUAAGAAUGCCAUUUAGUGCGGAAAGGGAAGGCCAUCUGACUAGAGUGACAGAGAUUCCUGUUAGACAGCAGUUUUACAUUUGAGUUUAUAUGUAGUUUGGUGACUCCUUCGCCUCCACAAAAAACCAUCCUCGACCAUCUGAAUGAGUAGGAGGAAGAAAAGAUGAUUAGAGAAUUGCUAGAUAAUUAUAAGCCAGAAUCAUUCGAUGAUCUUAUGGAAAAUGAUGUUCAAGAAAUAGAGAGAUUUAAUGAAGACGCACAUGCAAAUUCAAUGAAAUAAUUCUCUUAUUAAGAUUAUAGUCCUCAAAGAAUGAAUAUGAUAAAAAAGCAUUAACAUCAUCAUCAUAAAUCGAAUCAAUCUCGUAACAACAAUAAUAACAAAUAUGAUUAACAAAAAUAAUUAUAUUUAUAAUAAUUGGAAUACAAGGGUGACAUUUUUUAAGAGCAAAAUACAGAGAGAGGAAGAUAUCUAAAAAGGUUCAGAUUGGCAAAGUAAUUAAUUAAUGUAUGAAAAUAGCAAAAAUUUGAACAAGGUUUGUUAGGAGGACUAUAGAAAAGUCGUAAAGUCAUAAAAUAAGCUGGAGGAUUUUGCACAAUUCUAUAAACAACCCCCAAAUUUAUACAUGCAACUAAAUAAGAGUUCACAUCAAUAAUCUAUUUUUUAAAGCGGUUUGGGGUUAGUUCAGUAGUGCAACCAUAUCCAAAUUGCAAAUGCAUCUGGUUAAAUUAGAACCAAUUAAUAAGUGAAGGUUUUUUCUGAGGCAUUAAAGACAUCACAAUGUAAGACUUUGACUCAUUUGAAAUUGAGUCAUAAUAAACUUAAUUCAUUGAAGUAUUAGAUAAAGUGUAAUUUAGGAUUCAAUAACUAACAAAGUCUUUUCCUUAACAUCUAUAAGAAUUAGAUUUGAUGAACAAUGGAUUGGAUUCUAAGGCUUGUCAAUUGUUAUCAAAAUAUAUUUAAAAGUCAGCAAUAAAGAAAGUGAAUCUUGAAAAUAAUAGAAUAGGUGAUUUGGGUAGCAAUGCAUUAUGUUUAGCAAUAUAGGAUCAUGAUUAUUUGCUUUAUUUAAAUUUAUCAAAGAAUAAUCUUACAGAACACUGUACAGUUGAACUUUCAAAUUAUAUAAAGAAAUCUUAGGUGUUAUUUGAAUUAUAUCUGCAUUUUAACUCCAUAAAUAGUGCAGGAGGAAUCAAUAUUUGGAAGGCAUUAUAUAAGAAUUCCAGUGUGAAAGUUUUUGAUAUUUCUUAUAAUAGAACAGCUUCAUUAGAAUGUGCUUAAUGGAUGGCAAAAGUAAUCAUUAAAUAGUAUCCAGAACUUAUGCACAUUGAUAUUUCUUAUAAUAAUUUUAAUGAAGAAUAAUCAAUUGAAAUAAAAAAAGCAUUAGAUCAAAAUUAGAAUAUUUAUGGAUUUCAUUAUCAGGGAAAUUGUCCAAAAUAUUCAGUUGAUUCUACAGGUCAUUUAAGAGACAGAAUCCAAGAAGAAGUUGAUAUUCAAAAAAAAAUAGAAGAAUGUAAAAAGAAUCCUUAGACUACGUUAAAAUUAGUUGAUGACAAUGAACUUUAAUCUAUAGAGAUAGAUGAACCUAGAAAUAAUCAUAAUUACAAUCAAUAAAAGAUAAAUAAUUUGAAGAGUGAUGCUGAAUUACACAGAAACUUUAAAUUUAGAAGAAUUUAAGGUAUGAAGCCAAUCAAGUAAAAUUACGAAAAGGAUAGUGAAUUAGAUUCUUGUUGGAUAUGUGAUGGUUGGUAGGAAGUGAAAUUUACUUGGACUCCUGGAAAGUCAGGAGGAAUGAACAAUGAUCCAAUUUUUGUACAUCUAAACUUUGAGAGUUACAAACCUAUACUAAUGACAUUACAUAAUGGAGAAUAUUCUGCAUAUAGAAUGUGUCCUCCAAAUUAUAAAGUUACUUAUUUUUACAGUAAUCCUGUAUUAGGAAUUCAAACAACAGCCAAAAAUUAAAUGAUCACUUAAACUCCCUCGGAUGAUCCAUUAUAUCAAACUAAAUAAUCAUUUUUAUAUAAUGGAAACAUUUUAAUUGAAGGUAAUCGGAUGGGUUUUGUAAAUGAAAUGUACACAGAAGAUAAGUAAUCAAUUAUGGAUAGAUAUUUCGCAAAGAUUUUUAGUAAACCAAGGGAAGAGGAAAAGACUUUCGAUUUAACUAAGUUUCUUACAAAAAGAGAAAAAUAAUUUUGGAGUUAUGAACUUUCAAUCUUUAAAAAUUAUCAACCAGAUAAUGAAGAACUUAUAGAUGAAUGCUUCGAAUAUGAUUAUGGAAGUUCUAAAAUCAACAAAAUCAUUAAGGAUCCUUUAGAGUAUAACGAAGUGAAGGAGAUAAUGAGAGAAUAUUAUCCAUACAUUUUUGCAUCUUAUAAGUUCUAUGCAUCCACACUUAUUGGUGCUACAAUUCCUUGCAUUUCAUCCAAUGCAUUUGGUGAUUUGAUUAAUUCGACUAGUGUAAUAUCAGAUAAAUACAGAACAGGCGAUGUAGAUUUGAAUUUCAUUUCUACUUCGAAUGUAAAAGAUACCAAUUAUCCAAAUGUAAAUGAGAAAGCAUUAGUUAGAUAUUAAUUGAUGGAGUUAUUGGUUAGAAUAGCUGUAGAUAAAUAUUUAAGAACAUAAAUAUGUAAAUCAGUCAAGGAGAGUUUGAGAAAACUAUUUGAAGAAGAUGGAGUUAGAUUAAAAUUGCUAGAGAUAGAUCGAAGCUAGGAUUGGAGAGAUAUGCGAUAUUGGAAUGAAUAAUGUGAUACACUUUUAAGUAAUUUUAUUAUAUAUUACAUCUAGAGGAUAGAUUACCUAUGUUAAAGAUGCUAUUCAAAUAUACAUCAAAAUUAAAUCCUAAAUAAAAAUAUUACAAACAUUUAUGGCUUCAAUUUAAAGACUUUAGAGAUUUGAUAAAUAAAUGCGAUUUAUAUUGUGAUAUCUUUGUUGAACGAGAUGCAUAUUUAGUAUUCUUAUUAUCCAUGUAAACUUCAGUGGAUGAACUCUACUUGCUUAAACAUCUUCAGAUGGAAUUCUAUGAAUUUUUAGAGGCAUUGGCCAGAUGUGCUGAGAAGUUAUCUUUAAUCAGAACAUAAGAUUCAUUAAGUAUUGAUGAGAGAAGACAACAGCCCUUAUUCAAGAAAUUAGAUGCUCUCAUCUACCUAAUCUAUGUGAGAUUAGGAGAGGGCAUCAAGACUUUCUUUAAAGAUUCAGAAGAUCUUUCGGAUUUCGAUAAGUGCAUGUAAAAAUAAUACGGAUAAGUUAUAAAAUAACCAAACCCUGAUGAGGAAGAGGAAGUAGAUAAACUGACACCCUAAUAAGAAGAGAAGUUCCUUGAAGAAUAAUUAAAAGUAAUUGUAGUUCCUCCUUAAAUUACAGUGGUAAUUAAUUUAAUUAAAUAAUAAGGUUUCAUAAAACAAGAAAGCCACUGGAAUGACAUUUUUGUAAGUCAUUAAAUAGGCUUAACAAUAAAAACAAUUAAAGAGCCUAUUCAAUUUGACCAAUGUAGUUCAAUACUUUAGACUAAAGGAAGAAGAAUAAUUAAAAUGA